AUGGAUCUCAACAGGAAAGCAUCCCAUCCGGAGAAUCCACAGAAAGUCAUGAGGAAGACCUGGACUGUCAUAUUUUUGAUUCUGCUACUAUUUAUGUGGCCACUAACAGCUUCUCUUCAGACAACAAGAUCGGACAAGGAGGUUUUGGUCAAGUCUAUAAGGCAAGUGUUUAUCAUUCCAAACGAAUAUGCGACAAAUCUCACAAAAAAGGGCAUAGUCUAA